CCAUAUGACAGCCAGUGCUUUAGCGUUUUUGUGUACAUCUCAAAAUGCUCUGGAUUGUGUGUUGAAAACCUCCUAAAAUAUAAAAGAAUAGUGCCAGGAAUAAAUAAUAAUUAUUAUUGAUAGCGUAAAUUAAGCUUACGUUCGGUUGAAGCUAAUUAUUGAGGAUAAUAAUUUCCUGAUAAAAACCAACCAUACUUCUUCGGACGACUUUGCCUGUGUUACUGCUAAUGAACAAGCAGAAAUCCUAAUUUUACAGUUUUCGAAAAAAAAUCCCGGCACAUUAAGAUGAAUUCCAACUCCUACUCUGGCCAAACAACGAACGCUUCCGGCCAAAGCUACCCCCGGAAUAACGAGCAAAACAACGCGAAUCCAGACGACGAUCAAGGAAGCACAAAUUGGAAGAGGCCUGGUCGUUCGCAGAGAAGACGCUACAGGUACUAUCUAGGACAGGGAUUAUCGGAACUGGAAGCAUUUGAAAAAUCCAAAGUACCAAUGACAACUCCUACGACCUGGAAAGAAGGAUACUGGAGUUACUCUAGCACGGCUCCCCCGCCUCGAACGUCGCAGAAGUCACAAAUGAGGGCAAAGACGAACCACGAAAAUACGACCAGCAAGUCUAUCCAAAUUAGGAUUAGCCCCAAGAACUAUCCCGUCAAACUUCUGGAUACAGAGGAGGCAAAUCAAAUCAGAAAUGAAGUGCUGAAAUUAAUAGUGUCACAAAGGGCUAGCAACAAUGUGAAGCCUCUAUUCACUCAGACCGCUGUCCUCGAAUCAGGCAGCUUGAUCUUUCACUGCUCGGAUGAAGGAACCGCUAGCUGGCUUAAAGAACAAGACCUCUGGAAUAGUCUUGACUGUGACGCUGUAAGGAAACCCGCGUGCACACAAGUCAUGGGUUAUUUCAAGAACAGUGCUGAAAAUACAACGGACUUUAUCUUUGGUAUGAUAGAGGCACAAAACCAUCUCCUGUGCACUGGAUGGAAGCAACUAAAACGCCAAGAUUAUGGUACUAUGGCGGUUCUCUCGUUGGAGGUGGACCCCUUAUCCUGGUAUAAGCUUGAGCAGCUGAACUUUAAGAUUAUUUUUGGGUUCGGACAAAAAGUGCAUCUGAAACCAAGAGAUAGAAAUUUGAAGGAUGCUGAAGGUGGCGACAAGUCUGGUGAGGACGAACGCAUCGAUUCAGGGCAACCCGAUGGCUCUCAAAGACGAAAUUGGACCUAUCAACAAUAGUUAUGGUUAUAAUGUAACGAUUUACUUGGCUGCUCUACGGUACAUUAAAUAUAUGGGAAACAUAA